AUGGACUUUGCAUCCUUGAUGUCAGCCGAGAUUUCCAAAUCCAAAUCACCACCAACACAACCCAAGUCCACCAAGAAAUUCCUCAAGAAAUCAGAGCUAGAAGCUCAAAGACAAGAAGCCUACCUCAAAGAGCAAGCAAACCUUCAACGGCAACGAGAAGAAAAGCUCGCCCAGAAACGAAAACGAGAUGACGAAGAAGCACUCCGUAACGCCGAACGAGAUGAAAAGCGUCAACGCCUAGCCGAAGAAUCUCGAAUCCGUCGUGAAGAAGAAGAAGCCCAAGCAGAAACCCAUCGACGAAAACGUCUAGGCCUGCCCGAGCUCCCAUCUCAACCACAAACCGACUCCUCCUCCCCUACUUCAGAUCACCAACAAGACAUUCCCCCCGCCACCCUCCGCCUCGCCCUCCGCGCCUUAUCCGAACCCACGCACCUCUUCGGCGAAACGCACGCCCAGCGCCUAAAACGCUACCACGCGCUCACGACGCCCGUCCCAAACACACCAAAGAAAUACCCCGGACCAAUCGCCACAACUCUCGAACCCGUCCCCGAAUCCUCGAUGAAAGUGCCCACCACGAUCCCCUCCGACCUCGCAGCUCGCACAUUCCUCUACCGCCAACUAUCCUCUUACUUCAACCUGCUCUUCAGCGCCUGGAGCGCCACACUCUCCGCGCGGGCUUCCAGCGUAUCGCAAACGCCCGAAGGCCAGCGCGCCUCUCUGACGCUCACGAACUGCAUAACCUCGCUGCAACCGCUCUUCAAGAAAUUCGAACAGAACACGCUCGAAGAUUCCAUCCUGCGGCCAUUACUGCAAAUCGUUUCUGCAGCGCAAGAACGACGCUAUGUCGAUGCGAACGACGGGUAUCUGAGGUUGUCGAUCGGGAAGGCGGCGUGGCCGAUUGGAGUGACGAUGGUGGGGAUCCACGAGAGGAGCGCGCGGGAGAAAUUGCAUAAGGGGGCCGAGGAGGGGCAUAUUUUGAGCGAUGAGGUGACGAGGAAGUUUUUGCAGGGGAUUAAGCGCUGCUUGAGUUUUGCGCAGACGAGGUGGCCGCCGGAGGAUGGGGGGCAGAUUAUGGGAUGA